AUGGGGACUGUUUGUAAUAUAACUAAUGACACGAUAUAUAUAGAAAACCUUUUGAAUAAACGUAUACAGUUUGAGGAUCAAUUGGCAACUGUUCGAUACGUUGGCGAGGUUCCACCAACAAAGGGUGAAUGGUUAGGGGUAGAAUGGGACCAUGUGUCAAGAGGGAAACAUGACGGUUUUCACGAAGGUGUUCGUUAUUUUAUUUGUAGUGUUCCUAAUAGUGGAUCGUUUAUUCGUUAUUCUUCAAAGAUAAAUAUUGGUCGAAGUUUUGUCGAGGCUGUUAUUGUAAAAUACAUUGGUGAAAAUGUAGUGACUCUUCAAGAAAACGAAGAAAAAUCAUAUGACGCACAAAAGGAUUUAGAUGUACUCCAUUGGGCAGGUACAAAAUUAGAAGUAGAAGCAUUAGGAUGGGAAAAAAUUCGUCGAAAACAAAGGCAAUUAGAUAGGUUAAAUGAAGUUGGGCUUUCCUUUGAACAAAUAUCGCAUGCCGGAAAGCCAGAAGAAAUUGAAGCAACCUGUCCAAAUAUUGUUGAUCUGAAUUUGUCAAAGAAUUUGUUAUCAGAUUGGGAAACGGUUGCUAAAAUAUGUGAGCAACUCAAGAAAUUGGAAGUUUUACGUUUAAAUUAUAAUCGGUUUCAAAUUUUGGAAUAUUCACCCAUUUUUCCGGAUGCUUUUAAAAAUCUGAAAAAUCUUUCACUCAACUAUACCAGAAUUUCUUGGAAGCAGAUAGAACUUCUCGAACAAAACUUUUCUGUCCUGGAAAAUUUGCAGCUAGGAUUUAACAAUAUCAGACUUUCUGAAGAAUUUGAUGAGAGUAAUAAAGAAAACUUUAAAAAACUCAAUAAAAUCAAGGGAUUUGUAAAAUUGAAAAUUAUCAAUCUGGAGUCAAAUAUAAUAUCUAGCUGGAACGAGAUUGAACGAUUUUCAGAUUUGCCAAGCUUGGAGAUCCUUUUCGUCAAUAAUAAUGCAAUUGAUCAGAUAUAUUAUAAUGAAGAUGACUUUCCAAAAUUAAGACAUUUGAAUAUUAGUGAUAAUAAGAUUGGCGACUGGAACAGCGUUAAUGAACUUAAUAAAUUUCCUUCUUUGCAAGAAUUGAGAAUUAAGAAGAAUACUUUCCUUUCAAGAGACAGAAUAGAUGCAGAAAGAUUUUAUCUUAAAUUGUGCAUAACAGACAUGAAACUAACUGAAGAGAUAGAGAAAAAUCAUCCAAGAUUCAAAGAAUUAUGUGAAAUACAUGGUACACCAAUAGCUGAUGAUAUUAGUCAAAAAUCUUCAAGUAGUAUUCUUAAGGAUAGAUUGUUAGCGUUAACCAUAAGCUAUAGAACUGGAUUAAAAGAUGAUCCAAUAAAAAAAUUAUCAAAGAAAUUAUUGGGAACGAUGGAAAUUCGGAAUUUAAAAAAUUUAAUUCAAAAAUUAUUUGGAAUUCCGUCUUCUCAGCAAAAAUUAUAUGCUGUAACUAGUUUUCAGGAAGAACAAGGGACAACAAUAUUAAAAUUGGAAAUGGAUGAUGAUUUAAGACAAUUAUCAUAUUAUGAUCUUUUAUCAGGUGAUGAAAUUAUUGUCUUAGCAAUAUCUUAA